UCCUUUCUUUAGAGUUCGACCUGGUGUCGCUUGCUUCGUCUUGUAAAUUCUUUCAAACACGAAAUCAACUACAGCUCUCUCUCUCUCUUUUGGAACUUUUCACCACUAUCUUUUUAUACACACAAUACCGCAAAAAUGGUUCGCUUGUCAGUCGCCUCAGCUCUUACUUUCGCUCUUUCAGUCUACGCCCUUGGCGACCCUGCUGGUGCCAAGAAUGUUGGAAAUGGCGCAGGUGGACAAUUCAUUGGCGGCCAGUGCUUGUCUAGCAAGGACUGCGCUUCGACUUGCUGCGCUUUCAUAGCCGGUGGUGGUGUUUGCUCUGGUAUUGGUGCCCAGUUCCAGGCUGGGAAAUCAGGUUGUGGUUUUGGUGACGGUGGUGCUCCUCCUCAGCCCAGUGCUUCUUCCGGCAGCGGAAACUCUGGCUCUACAUCCAACGCUGGCACUUCUGCCAAUGUUCCCGCUGGAUUCAACACCGCUGUUGGUGACCCAGCUGGUGUCAAGAACCUCGGUAACGGCAAGGCCCAGCAGUUCAUUACUGGUAUCUGCCUCAGCGAUGCCGACUGUGCCUCUGGCUGCUGCGCCGGCUUGAACGGCGGUGCUGUCUGCUCUGGCGUUGGUGCUCAGACUCAAAACGGCAAGACUGGCUGUGGCUUCAAUGCCAACGGCGGCUCUUCUUCUGCCCCUGCGUCCAACUCCAACAGCGGCUCAAGCUCUGGCUCAAACUCUGGAUCAAGCUCCGGCUCUGCUAGCAACGGUGUUGCUAUUCCCGCUGGUUUCAACACCGCUGUCGGUGACCCAGCUGGUGUCAAGAACCUUGGCAACGGCAAGGCCCAGCAGUUCAUUACUGGUAUCUGCCUCAGCAAUGCCGACUGUGCCUCUGGUUGCUGCGCUGGUCUCAAGGGCGGUGCCGUCUGCUCCGGUGUUGGCGCCCAGACUCAGAACGGCAAGACUGGCUGCGGUUUCAAUGCCAACGCCAAGCGAAGCUUCGAGUUCUCUCGCAUUGCCCGACGAUUCAACGCUUAAGUGGAUGACAAAAAACCGGUGGUCAGUACUGGGACUGAGGUGUAGAGACAAGGAUGACUUUGAUUCCGAGUCUCACUUAAUUCGGUGGUCGUUAUCUACCUAAUUCAUACUCUACAUGGCUAGACUUUAAUAGAUAUCAAUCAUCGCUUCCAAAUA